UUCCCUCGAUAGAGCCCCAGUCCCGGUCCUUCUCGGACUUCCCUAGUUUUCAACAAAACCAGCCGGGCGGUCGGCAGUCGCCGGCGACCUCAGGGGACCGGAAAUCGAAACCUUUCUCGUCUCCGGAUCUAUUUCACCAGAUCCCCUCCAUUUCCCCUUUCUCGAUUCUUUGUGGCUUUAGAUCCCCCGGUUUUCCGGUGGUUUUCUGCAGGUGAUCGCUGUGAAACUGGAUGUAUAACCCCAGAUCGGGCGUCUCCUCGGAGAAUUUUUCCUCCACUUGAGGCUGAUCCGGUUUCUCCGCAAUAAUCGUGUGGUUUCUAGGCUCUGAUGCGGUUUUCCUGGCAGUAGCGGUUUCUGGAUCGCCGGAGAAGGGUUUCGUUUGAUCUGCUUCUGUUCUUUUGGCUUGGUUAAGAAGGAGGGAGAGAGAUGCCUUCUGGAACGAGGCUGCCGACGUGGAGGGAGAGGGAGAACAACAAGAGGAGGGAGCGGCGCCGUCGGGCGAUCGCAGCGAAGAUCUAUACGGGGCUCCGGAUGUACGGCAACUUCAAGCUCCCGAAGCACUGCGACAACAACGAGGUUCUCAAGGCCCUCUGCAACGAGGCUGGCUGGACUGUGGAAGAAGACGGCACUACGUACCGGAAGGGAUGCAAGCCGGUUGAACGCAUGGAUGUUGGUGUAGGGGGCUCCGCUUCACCAAGCCCGUGCACAUCUUACCAGCCAAGCCCACGUGCAUCCUAUAACCAUAGCCCACCCUCGUCCUCCUUGCCAAGCCCAUCCUCCUCUUACAUCACCAAUACCAAUAACAAUAAUGCUAACAAAGGAACGGAUGGCAAUUCCCACAUCCCUUGGCUCAAGAACCUCUCCUCGGCCUCCUCCACUUCCUGCCUGAAGCCCCCCAACCACCAUUUCUACAUCCAUGGAGGCUCCAUCAGUGCCCCUGUCACCCCUCCACUGAGUUCUCCAACUGCUCGAUCACCUCGUGUUAAGGCUGAUUGGGACGACCCUGCAGCCCAGCCACCUUGGGCAGGCGCCCAUUACACUUUCCUACCAUCCUCCACCCCACCAAGCCCUGGCCGUCAGGUUAUCCCGGAUGCUGCAUGGCUCGCAGGGCUCCGCCUCCCAUCUGGGGGUCCCUCCUCACCCACCUACAGCCUUGUUUCAUCGAACCCAUUUGGCUUCUGUAAUGAGGCAUCGGCAGGUGCAGGAUCUUCCAGAAUGUGGACUCCAGGACAGAGUGGGGCGUGCUCCCCUGUGCCUGGGGGACAUGCGGAUGUUCGGAUGUGUAAUGGCAUUUCGGAUGAGUUUGCAUUUGGGAGCAGCUGCAAUGGCAAUCUUCAAUCAAAUGGGUUGGUGAAGCCAUGGGAGGGAGAAAGGAUCCAUGAGGAAUGUGCAUCGGACGAACUGGAGCUUACCCUUGGAAGCUCAAGGACCAGGGCUGAUGCUUGAAGAGAAUUCAUGAGUAUAAACAUCUCUUUCUCCUGUUUCUGUUAAUGUGUUGUUCAUAGAGAGAUGGAGAGGGUUCAAGAUACCAUCAGUGGUUUCUUGUCUCCGGCCUCCAUCCUCUUUCAGGAGAUUGAAGUAGGCUAAUUCUGUUUUGGAACAUUGAGACUGAGAGUUGUGUCCUGGAGAGUAUAUGGUAGAAGGAAAGGCAAAUGAGAACUUUCUGGGAAAUAUGAGGGAAUUAGCGACAAGGUGCUGUGUGUUUCUGUGAUUUUUUUUUUUUUUUAAAUGACGUUUGACCAUUAUAUUUUAGAUUACAUCGGUUUAUUUUUAUCCAUUUUUCUUGCGCUUGUUGGCAUGUAUGAUUUCAUGCAGAGCUUUAGUUGUUGUUUUGUACUUCAUCCCCUACAAAACUUGUGCUGAGCUGGGGAAGUGUCAUCUUGUUGAAUUGUAUAGUUGAAAACAAUUCUACCUGUGGCAAGGAUCAUCCUCCGAGUUAAUUUCUUUCCAAAA